AUGUAUUGGCGUCAAGUUCUACUCGGUUACAAUAUUGAAAAGCCGUUGGCCUUGCCUGUCGAUCGAAAGUCUUAUUUGGACGGCAUGACGACUGGUCAAGGUUUAAGCAUUGAAAUUCAUUUCACAAGUCAUAUUGUCGAACAGCUAUUUCAAUAUGUUUCACGUUUCAAUGCCACUCUUUAUCAAGUGUGUCUGACUAUCUACUAUGUUUUUCUAUUCAAAUUGACUGGUGGCCAGAGAGAUCUUAUUGUUGGCACUGUAACAGCCAAUCGCUAUCGGCCAGAGCUUCAACGGAUUAUUGGCAUGUUUGUCAAUACUCUUCCAAUGCGUCUUCAUGUCGAUCCACAAGACACAUUCGAACAGCUACUUCGUAGAGUAUCGAACAUGAUGUUUGAAGCAGAACCACAUUCAAAUUUACCCUAUCAAUAUAUUAUACAACAAGUCUCAAUGGCACGUGCGCACAAAGGCAGUUUGAUUCGAACCAUGUUCACCUUGGAUGAAGUCGACACAACACUCGUUCGACUCGAUCAUGGAUUAAUGAUUGAACCCUGGUCAUUAUCUUGUCUGAAAAGCAAUUCUAUGCAGAUCGGAACACCUAAAAUUACUGCGGCUAUGUUUGACAUGACGCUGUCGUUAGAACAUAGAGCCGACAAGCAUUCAAUACAAGCUGAAAUGAUUGUCUCGAGAGAUCUUUUCGAUUCAGCUACACUUGUCACCAUGGCUAGACAAUUUCAGUUCAUUGUUGAACAAUUAUUUUCACCAAUGCCAAUGAAUAUGAUGAUAGCAGAACAAUCAAUGAGCGAUUUAUCGUUGGUUUUACCAGAGGAAAUGGUGGACGAUAUGCAAUGUGCCCAGUUUCCUGCAAUGAAUGGAAUCAAUUCGAUUGGUACGACACUCAUUAAUGACUUAUUAUUAUAUCUGUGA